AACAGAAGCUCCUGCUUGACGGCCGGAGAGAAGAAACGGGGGGGAGGGGUUGAGAAAUCGCUUCGUUGUCGCGAGGGGCGUCUUUGCCAUGGGGCAGAAGAAGAAAGGGGAUCUCAGCCGGGCAGAACUGAUGAUGAUGACUAUAGCUGAUGUCAUCAAACAGCUCAUUGACGCCCAUGACCAGGGCAAAGAUGUGAACUUAAACAAGAUAAAAACAAAGACAUCUGCCAAGUAUGGCCUUUCAGCACAGCCACGCCUGGUUGACAUCAUUGCUGCUGUUCCCCCUCAGUACCGCAAAGUGCUGGUUCCUAAGUUGAAAGCAAAACCCAUCCGAACUGCUAGUGGGAUUGCUGUUGUGGCAGUAAUGUGCAAACCACACAGAUGUCCACACAUUAAUUUCACAGGAAACAUAUGUGUAUACUGUCCUGGAGGGCCUGAUUCUGACUUUGAAUAUUCAACACAAUCUUACACUGGAUAUGAGCCAACGUCCAUGAGAGCCAUUCGUGCCAGGUAUGAUCCUUUUCUCCAGACCAGACACCGACUUGAACAGCUGAAGCAGCUGGGCCACAGCAUAGACAAAGUGGAAUUCAUUGUGAUGGGUGGAACAUUCAUGGCUCUUCCGGAAGAAUACAGAGAUUACUUUAUCCGUAAUUUGCAUGAUGCUUUAUCAGGUCAUACUUCUAACAGUGUGGCAGAGGCAGUCAGGUACUCUGAGCGAAGCCUUACAAAGUGCAUCGGGAUUACUAUAGAGACCAGGCCAGAUUAUUGCCUGAAACGGCAUUUGAGUGACAUGUUGUCCUAUGGAUGCACAAGGCUGGAGAUUGGAGUGCAAAGCAUUUAUGAGGAUGUGGCCAGAGACACUAACAGGGGCCAUACAGUAAAGGCUGUGUGUGAAUCAUUCCACUUAGCUAAAGAUGCUGGGUUCAAGGUGGUAGCACAUAUGAUGCCAGAUCUCCCCAACGUGGGACUUGAGAGAGACAUCAGCCAGUUUGUGGAGUUUUUUGAGAAUCCUGCCUUUCGCCCAGAUGGCAUGAAGCUAUACCCAACUCUUGUGAUCCGUGGCACUGGCCUCUAUGAACUCUGGAAAACUGGGAGAUACAAAAGCUAUCCUCCAAGCACCCUUGUGGAAUUGGUGGCAAGAAUUCUUGCUCUUGUGCCUCCCUGGACUCGAGUGUACCGAGUACAAAGGGAUAUCCCAAUGCCUUUAGUCACUUCUGGAGUGGAACAUGGUAACCUGAGAGAACUUGCUUUGGCCAGGAUGAAAGAUUUAGGAACAGAGUGCCGUGAUGUGAGAACAAGAGAAGUUGGAAUACAAGAGAUACAUCAUAAAGUGAGACCAUACCAGGUUGAACUGGUCCGGAGAGAUUAUGUGGCCAACGGUGGUUGGGAGACCUUUCUUGCCUAUGAAGAUCCUGAGCAGGACAUCCUGAUUGGACUUCUACGUUUGCGGAAGUGUUCAGAGGAGACAUUCAGAGCUGAGCUGAAGGGUGGUGUCUCCAUUGUCCGGGAGCUCCAUGUCUAUGGGAGUGUGGUUCCUGUCAGCAGCCGAGAUCCCUCUAAAUUCCAGCAUCAGGGAUUUGGGAUGCUGCUCAUGGAGGAGGCGGAGAGAAUUGCUAAAGAAGAGCAUGGCUCAUGGAAGAUAGCUGUCAUUUCAGGUGUGGGUACCAGAGAUUACUACAGGAAGAUUGGCUAUGGGCUAGAAGGGCCCUAUAUGGUGAAAAGACUGGACUGACCAAUUUAUGAGGAACACCCGAAGCUUUGUCUUUGCACAUUAAGGCCAGAGCAGAAUGGAAAUGCCAUGGCCCUGCUACAAGCAUUGUUUGACCUGGCAAAACAAGGUUCAUUCAGAUCACUUGAUAUCAAAGAGGUGUUUCUGUUGAUUAUCACAUUCAGAUCCACGCCAUGAAUUUUGUUGGCCCUUUCAUAACUAGCAAAAAAACACCUGACCAUCACCACAUUUCUCUGGUUAUCAUUUACAAAUGGGUAACAGCCCUGGAAACAUUCAGGAUUUCAGGUCUAUGGUGUUAUAAGGUGUCUGCAGCAUAGACUGCUUUAUAUCAGCUGUAGCUAUUUUUAACAGAUAGCAUGGGGCUUUCUUUUGUUUUAGCCUAAUGUUAAGUGACAAUUGCCUCUUGUAUAAGAUUAAACUUGCCACUUUUAGUAUCUGCAAUGUUAGCCUGACCUUCAGUUGCUUACUUGGUACUCUCAGAGUAUAUCUAGCAUUACAGAUAAAGUUUACACUCUCAUUUGCAGAUACACAAGAGAAGAGGAGUCAUCCCUUCUACAAAGUAGAACUGCUUAUGCCGAUUAAAUAUAGGUUUUGCAUUCAUUGUUUAUAUUAACAUCUGUAUCCCACCACUCUAAUAUGUAUGCACCAGUGUGGUUCACAAAAGCUUAAGACCACCGUGCUAUAUCAAACCAUAGAAUCAUUCAAAUGUAUUUAAAAUCCAGUGGAGGGGAUCACAGAUAAAUCAACUUAAAACAAGCAGCAUAUUAAAAAACUUGCCAGAAUCAAGGUGGGUUUAUCUCAAUGAGGAGAAAUUGCUGUAGGCUAUUCAAAAAUUCAAGUUUGAGUUAAUAUAUUCUAAACUCAUACAAUAUCAGGCUUUCAGUGUUUUGGCUAGGAUGCAAUUUGUGAUUUCUAAUACUGGAGUUAGAAUUUUGUACCAGGCUGUAAAUGGAGCAAAAUUGCUGCAUCCCUCUCAUUUCACGGACGGGUUUCCCUGCGCAUUACUGUACUAUUUUGAGGAUUCCCCCUCAAAAUAUUGCAUUUUUUUGCAUGCAGGAUUUCGGUUUAGUCCCUGGCAAUAUCUCCAAUCUGAAGGACCUCAAGUCACUAGACAGGGAAAGGCCAUUCUGUUAAGACCUUUGAGGUUACCAUUGAUACUAUAAGCAGCAUUGCUUUCUAUCAUCCUGUUGUCCUCCCAGACAAUAUCCCAGAAUUCCUGUGGGAUAUCAGGUUGGGAAGGUUAACCUAGAUGGACCAAAGGUCUGAUUCUCUCUAAGGCAGCAUCAUACAUGUACACAACCUGCUUGAUCUGUAGAUGCCUGGCAUUGGAACCAGUUUCUUUCUGGGACUCAACUAUCUCCACUGGGAUCCUUCCAGUAACUCCAGUAAAUUGAGUUUGUUGUACAUUUACUUGGUAAAUUGAGUACUCAAUGAAUUGAGUAAAUUUACUGGAGUUACUGGAAGAACCCUAGUGGAGAUUUCAUUCAUUCAUUCAUUCAUUCAUUCAUUCAUUCAUUCAGUUUAUAUAGCCGCCCAUCUCAGACCAGUGACUCUGGGCAGCUUACAAUAAUAAAAACAAUCAGUCAAUAAAAACAGUACAAAAAAUUAAAUAUAAAUAUACUUGAGUCUCUGAAAGAAACUGGCUCCGUUGCCUUUCCCUACCAUGCUACUUCCUGCUUUUCCAGAGCUGGCACCUUCAUGAUUUGUUUUCAAUGUCUUGACAAAGAGAAGAGCUUAAUCUGAAGCAUAACUGAUACAGGGGCCUUGAUCCGUUCGCCAUUGAGGAGGCAGCAGAGGGGAAAGCAUCCUUUUCCUUCCCACAAAAUGUCAAGGUACCCAUUUGGUUCAAGUCAGUGGAGCCAGGCCAUGCAUUUGAGGGCAGGUGAGCAAAGGUGAGGCAUUUCUUCACAGUCUCACUCAGCAGUUCCUUGAAAGAUGUGAACAUGUGGCCAAAAAUAAAUUUAUAAAAGCACCAAUUUUCAGCACUGUCACCACAAAUAAUAUUUUUUCUGGGUUGAGGAGGAAAAGGAAGGAGGCAAUGCAAGCCACAGCUGUAGUGUUGUCAAGAAAAGCACAUGGACCUGGCCAUGAAGUCACCAGGAGUCAAGUUUGAUUCAAAGGAGGUACAAAGGUAAAGGAACCAUCUCUGUCAAAGCCAGGGACAGCACUUUGGUAAGGAGCUUGGAUGCUGGGCCCUGUAUGAUGCCUGUGAGCCUCCAAAUGACCAUCUCUGUGCUUGUGGAACAAGACCAAAUCCCACAAGGUGCAACCUCCAGAGGAGAGCACAAAUCCUGAUCUCAUGUUUAGGCAAAGUGAAAAUCCCCAAGCUUCCUUGUUCAAGUUCAAUUGAUACAACUUUCAAUUGUAGCCAUUCUGCAGAAGUGGGAGUGGUGGGCACACAGUUAAGUUUCCUAUAAACCACCUAAAAGAAGCAGAUACAUUUGAAACUAUGUAAGCAAAGGCUGCUGAAUAAACUUUGCAGUGGUGA